AUGGAUCCUCUCGCGUCGAUCAACCCAUAUGUAUCACUCAAAGAAGGGCCACAGUUGGGGCAAGUCUAUCAGAAGCUAGCUGCUGGGAGUGCCCGUUUCCUACGGUAUAAGGGAACAGAGAAAUCAACGGAAACUUAUGAACAGCUCCUUAUAUUCGAUUUUGAGGUCCAUUCAGUCAAAGACGUCAAGUCCCAAUACUCAGCCUUAUCCUACACCUGGGGUCAUCCGAUACUCGAUAACUUCAAAGAUGACUACUCGCACGCGAUAAUUUGCAGCGGCGAACGGAUGCCGAUUGGUCUAAACUUGAACGACGCCCUUCAGCAUGUUUACUUGGAGUCGGAUAUUGCACCGCCACUCUUCUGGGUAGACGCUGUCUGUAUUAACCAAAGCGAUCUCGUAGAGCGAGCCGAGCAGGUUACUCUCAUGACUAGUAUCUAUUUCAAUGCCGCUAAUAUUGUGGUGUGGUUGGGACAGAACGACGAAGACGCGCACGAGGCCCAUUCACUCUUGUCUGAGUACACGCCUGCCCUUAGAGAUAUUGCUUUGGACUUGAUCUCGGCGAAUCCUGAUUACGGCAUGGGGCCGGGAGUAGUCAACUUGUACGACGACGUGAAGCUCCAUGAAAAAUAUCAUCUCACGUCAAGAAGUAUGGAUUCAUGGACGGCGCUUGUGAGAUUCCUGUCUCGAAGGUGGUUUGCUCGCAUUUGGAUCGUGCAGGAGAUGGUAUUCAACCAGUCGCAUUUGAUCUGCUGUGGUCCCUUACGCUUCAACUGGAAAGAAUUGGAUAGUUUCGUCGGCUUCGUCUUCGGCGCACAGUGGCAUGGGAUGAACUUUCGCGGACUCGAACGAGAGACAGCGAGGAUCGCACGUAUUUUCACGUUCCAUCGUGAGAUCCAGUUAUCGGGAAGCGAAUACUUGAUCGACGACCCAAAGUUCAGUCUCCUAAGCCCUGAAGGAAAGCUAUAUGAUUUUGCACAGAACUAUCUCCUUUCAUCCGCUUUCUUGGAAGCAACAGAUCCCCGUGACAGAGUAUUUGCGUUAUCCGCAUUUGUUAACUCCUAUGCGGUUAAGGUAGAAGUCAGGCCUAUUUGGCUCAAGGCGGACUACUCUCUUGAGGCGGUGGAAGUUAUGCUGCAUACUGCACAGUUACUGCUAUGGAAGACGCGAUCCUUGAACAUGCUUUCGUAUGUUUCUGAUCUCAGCUGUCGAGCACAAUCCGACCUACCAUCUUGGAUGCCACACUUUCACGUCCCUGGAGCUGUUGCAUCCGUAGAGUCUUUGCUUGAUAUGCAUCAGGGUAGGAAGUUCCAUGCUGGUAGCUUGUCAUCGACAGUGCCCACAUUCUGUGACAUUUACCUACACAUGGACUCGGCAGACCACGAGCUAGAGGCUCAGGGGUACCUCCUAGAUACUGUUGAAGACAUUGUCCUCUUUGAGUCGGGUCUCCUUUCUAUCUUAGAGGUUUGCCUUAGCUUACCGCAUACAUACGCGAAUGGACAGUCACCGGUUGAGGCGCUCUGGCGGACUCUCAUUGCUGGAAGGACAGACACGGCAUUCCCUGCACCAGAAGAGACGGCAAGCGACUUCGCCCAAUUCGUCAAAGCCGGUCUCAUAGGAAUCGCUCUGGAUGCACUUAGGACCGAAAAUAGAGAGUUGCUAACAAGGCUUAUCGUAGUCUUGGGAGGAAUAGAAACAAGAUGCCCUCAUCCUUCAGUCCCGACGGUCGGAGAGUUCAAUGACAUAUUGAGUAAUGUUUUAGGAGAUCUCGAUGGCUGUAUCAAAAUGCUGACGGAUCUACGUUCUAAUUGCACAUAUCGGACUAUGAUCUCACCUACACAUUGGGGCCAAAAAGGCAAAGCCUUAUUUCGUAGUCAUAAAGGCUUUCUGGGAUUAUCGCCACAUUCGACUCAAACAGGGGAUGAGGUGUGGCUACUAAAGGGGGCGAGCUUGUUUCACUUGUUAAGGGGCGAUGAUGGCACAUCGGCAGGGAAGAUAUUGCUGGGAGAGGGAUAUGUUCACGGUUUUAUGGAAGGAGAAGCUUUGAGGCUAGAUGGAAUGAAUUACCGCCCCGUAAUCAUUAAGUGA